GAUGCUCUGCUGAGAGGAGAGAGGAGGAUGCGUCUCCAAGUACGCACGGCUCUCCAGCAACUUUACGCGUAUGACCAAAAACAGGCAUCUCCGAGCCAAGAAAAAGAAUAUGUGACAAACACCAACAGAGCGUGUGACAAGCGGCGUACACAAGAUCUGAAGACUCAUCUUAACCCCUCUCUGGACCACAGAAGCCACAUUCAACUCCUGAACUGACUGUGACAUCCCACAAUGCCCCUGAUCGUGUUGCCCACCUCCCAGCUGCUAUGGGUGCGCGUAGCCGCCCUGCUGUUCACCUGCGUGGCAUUCAGCGUGGCAUCACACGGAGCCUCGCUGAUCCACGGCGGCAUGGCCGACUGGUGCAUCUUCUGCUGGGCGUUCAGCUUCGCCUGCACCCUGCUGGUCCUGCUGGUGGAGCUGUUCGGCCUCCAGGCCCGCACCCCGGUGUCCUGGACCAACUUCCCCAUCACCAUCGCCUGCUACGCCUCCCUCCUCUGCCUCUCCGCCUCGGUCAUCUUCCCACUCUUUUUCCUCAAGGACCAGCCCUACUUGGGAGAGACGCGCGACUACCGCAUCGCGGCCACCGUCUUCUCCUGCCUGGCUGCAGUGGCCUACAUGGGGGAGGUGAGCCUGACCAAAGCGAGGCCGGGAGAGGUGGCUGGCUACAUGGCUACGGCUCCCGGCCUGCUGAAGGUGUGCCAGACCUUUGUGGCCUGCAUCAUCUUCAUCCUGGUCAGCGACCCAGUGUCGUACAACCAGCACGCGGCUCUCAAGUGGUGCAUGGCGGUGUACUGCAUCUGCUUCAUCCUCUCCAUGGCCGUGGUGGUGCUGUGCGUGGGCGAGUGCACCGGCUGCCUCCCCAUCCCUUUCUCCAAGUUCCUGUCGGCCUACGGGCUCCUGGCGGUUAUCAUGUACUUGACGGCGACCAUCAUCUGGCCCGUGUUCCAGUUUGACAAACAGUACCACCGGUACAGCGGGCAACCGUCGUCAAAACUGAUCGCGGCGGCGGUGCUCACCGCCCUCAACUUCCUGCUGUACCUCGCUGACCUGGCUUACACCGCAAGACUAGUGUUUGUCAGUGCCUGAGAGGAAAAGAGACGAAGGAGGGGAGACAAAUUGGGUGUCGGAGAACGGAAAUAAAGAUGCUAAGAGGUUGAAUGGCUUCGCAGGAAAGUGUAGCUUAUGUUGAAUUUCGGACAAAAAAAACCCAACACAUGACUCGUCGUUUUUGGAGUCUAAUUGUAGAAUGCUUAAAUUAGACUUCCUGUUGAUACGAGGAACCAAAAAUCCCCAACUCACUUACAGUGUAUGUAUGUAUGUGUAUAUCUGCAAUGACAGUGUUUUACCUCUAAUGUGAACGGACCUGUGCUAAACACAAGUAUAACGUGAACAAUGUAAAAGGCGUCCGUUACUGCUGUUAAAAUCCAGUCAACACACUGGAGCAGCAGAAGAAGAGUCUUGUUGUUUUUUGGGAGGGAGAAUAAAUGUAAUUUACUGUAUCUGAGACACACAGGCACCCAUCUUCUUAACCUAAGAUUUAAAUUUGGUUUCAUAUUUAUUCAUAAUGUUAUCUACCUUAAGUAAAGACGUAAAUAUAAAACACCAAAGUGUGGUUUACAUUUUGUAUUACCUUUUUCAUUUGCAAGUGCCUUCAUCAUUUCAAGUGUUGAUUGUAAAAAUAAAUGUUUUUUACCUAAAAAGUUUUUUGUUAGUAAGGGUUUAAAAAAGUGCUUUGGCUCUCCUUUUGUCUCGAUAAAGAAUCAGUACUGUAGCAUUUCAAAGAGUGUAAUGUGAGCAAAUAAAGUUUUCAAGCAAGUUUUUUUCAGC